UGCCUAUUUCUGCCAUUGCUAGAGCUGUGUGAAGUGGAAGAGAAAAGCUCAGUACAACCAUGUACAGCUAUUCGACACCGUCGAGCGAGAUCAUCGAGACGCUCAAGCUGAUACCCCACCCUGAGGGGGGUCACUUUGCCGUGACGUACGUCGAUGAAGGAAAGGUUGCGAGUCCGUAUGCAUCCAACAAGGAGGAACGGGUGGUGCAGAGCACCAUCUACUACCUCCUCAGUGUAGGCCACAAUGUUCCCGACAACGGGAAAGAGCCGCCGGAGCGCCUCGUUGGGCAUUCGUCGGCUCUCGGCAAGCUUCAUAAGAACAAGAGUCCGACUAUGCACUUGCAUCACUCCGGCAGAGCUAUUUACACGCUCAUCGAGGCCAGUCCAAAGCCGGGCAAGGCUCCCGAGGUCAAGCAGGUCGUCAUGGGCGAAGACGUGUCCAAGGGAGAGACGCGCCAGCUCAUGGUCGACGGCAACUGGUGGAAGGUGAGCGAGAUCCCAAAGGAGGAUCUCGAGGCCGUUGAAAAGGGCCAAGUCGACCCAGAGAGAGUUGGGUGCCUCAUCAGCGAAGUCGUUGCGCCUGGUUUCGACUGGAACGAUCACACAUGGCUGGAUCAAAAGAGCCUCGCGGGAGUCUUUGGCGACGACAAGGCUUCGAUUGCCCGCUUUACUCCUUAUGUCCACCCUUGAAAGCCCGCUGAUGCGUGCCCAAUGUCUGAAUGAGAAAGCUUGAAUUAUCCGA